CGCCGGGCGCGCAGCUCUCGCCAAUCCUCGCUUACAUAACGCGGGCGGGCGCGCUCCCGCCGCCGCCACCCGGAGCGGAGUUGGGCUGCGCUCUCCACGCCUCGGCGCGCCCGUGUGCCCCACGCUGGGAGGUGACCCGCCUCGGCCAGCCGGCAGUGGUAGCCGGGACGUCUUUCCUCCGCCAGCGUGAGGACGCGGGGACUGGAGACGGGAGCGGGGACUGGAGACGGGAGCGCCUCUCUGCGCCGAACUCCCUCCGCUCUCUCCUCCUCCCACGUCUCGCUUCCUCCCCGUCACCCCCACCCCCAGGCUGCGUGCGUUCGGCCCCGGCGCCGGGACCCGGAGCAGUCCAGGCUCUGCGCGCGGCGGAGCUGCGGCUGCUCCCGCUGCUGGGGCGAGCGGCGCGGUGGCCGCCCGGCGCCUCCCCGGACUUUCCAAGUGGGGGCAGAGCCGCCGCUCCCGAGCCACCAGUUAGAAGGCACAGGGAAAGGGACCUACAAACUCCUCCUCAGCGUUUCCUCUCCACCCCCUUUUGGCUCUGCCUUUGGAGAAAGUGGAGUGUGGCGUCUGGUUACCAUUAUUUCUUUGCACUGAUCCGAGGUGCACGGAUUCAACUGCUUCCCUGUGGAGCUUAACGCUGUUUGCGCGCCUCUGUGUGCGGUUCCGCCCGGCACACCUCUGCCGACGAUGAGGAACGGGCUACGGGCGACGGCGGCCCGCUGCGGACUGGGACUGGGAUACGUGCUGCAGACGCUGGUGCUGCCCGCCCUGGCUCUCCUCAGCGCCAGCGGCACCGGCUCGGCCGCUCAAGAAGACGACUUUUUCCAUGAACUCCCAGAAACAUUUCCAUCUGAUCCACCUGAGCCUCUGCCACAUUUCCUUAUUGAGCCUGAAGAAGCUUAUAUUGUGAAGAAUAAGCCUGUGAACCUAUAUUGUAAAGCCAGCCCUGCCACCCAGAUCUAUUUCAAGUGCAACAGCGAAUGGGUUCAUCAGAAGGACCACAUCGUGGAUGAGAGAGUAGAUGAAACCUCUGGUCUUAUUGUCCGGGAAGUAAGCAUUGAAAUUUCACGCCAACAAGUGGAAGAACUCUUUGGGCCUGAAGAUUACUGGUGCCAGUGUGUGGCCUGGAGCUCAGCAGGCACCACAAAGAGCAGGAAGGCCUACGUGCGCAUUGCAUAUCUACGGAAGACGUUUGAGCAGGAGCCCCUGGGAAAGGAAGUAUCCUUGGAACAGGAAGUCUUGCUCCAGUGUCGACCUCCUGAAGGAAUCCCAGUGGCUGAAGUGGAAUGGUUGAAAAAUGAAGAUAUAAUUGACCCUGUGGAAGAUCGGAAUUUUUAUAUUACUAUUGAUCACAACCUCAUCAUAAAGCAGGCCCGCCUCUCAGAUACUGCAAACUAUACUUGUGUGGCCAAAAAUAUCGUGGCCAAGCGGAAAAGCACAACCGCCACUGUUAUCGUCUACGUGAAUGGUGGCUGGUCCACCUGGACAGAGUGGUCUGUGUGUAACAGCCGCUGUGGACGGGGGUAUCAGAAGCGCACAAGGACCUGCACCAACCCAGCACCGCUCAAUGGCGGUGCCUUCUGUGAAGGGCAGAGUGUGCAGAAAAUAGCCUGCACCACAUUAUGCCCAGUGGAUGGCAGGUGGACCUCAUGGAGCAAGUGGUCUACUUGUGGGACUGAGUGCACACACUGGCGCAGGAGGGAGUGCACCGCUCCAGCCCCCAAGAAUGGGGGCAAGGACUGUGAUGGUCUCGUCUUGCAAUCCAAGAACUGCACUGAUGGGCUCUGCAUGCAGAGUUUCAUUUAUCCUAUUUCAACUAAACAGAGAACCCAGAAUGAAUAUGGAUUUUCUUCGGCUCCCGAUUCAGACGAUGUUGCUCUCUAUGUUGGCAUUGUGAUAGCAGUGAUAGUUUGCCUGGCCAUUUCUGUGGUUGUGGCCCUAUUUGUGUAUCGGAAGAAUCAUCGUGACUUUGAGUCUGAUAUUAUAGACUCUUCUGCACUCAAUGGCGGCUUUCAGCCUGUGAAUAUCAAGGCAGCAAGACAAGAUCUCCUGGUGGUACCCCCAGACCUCACAUCAGCGGCAGCCAUGUACAGAGGACCUGUGUAUGCCUUGCAUGAUGUCUCAGACAAAAUCCCAAUGACCAAUUCUCCAAUUCUGGAUCCACUGCCCAACCUGAAAAUCAAAGUAUACAGCACUUCAGGUGCUGUCACCCCCCAAGAUGACCUCUCUGAAUUUGCUUCAAAGCUUUCCCCUCAGAUGACCCAAUCCCUGUUGGAGAAUGAAGCCCUCAACCUGAAGAAUCAGAGUCUAGCAAGGCAGACUGAUCCAUCCUGUACUGCAUUUGGCACCUUCAACUCCCUUGGGGGGCACCUUAUUGUUCCCAAUUCAGGAGUAAGCUUGCUGAUUCCCGCUGGGGCCAUUCCCCAAGGGAGAGUCUACGAAAUGUAUGUGACUGUACACAGGAAAGAAAAUAUGAGGCCACCCGUGGAGGACAUGCAGACCCUCUUGAGCCCCGUAGUGAGCUGUGGGCCUCCGGGAGCCCUGCUGACCCGCCCCGUCAUCCUAACUGUGCAUCACUGUGCAGAUCCCAGCACUGAGGACUGGAAGAUACAGCUCAAGAACCAGGCAGCCCAGGGACAGUGGGAGGACGUGGUGGUCGUAGGAGAGGAGAACUUCACUACCCCCUGCUACAUUCAGCUGGAUGCAGAGGCCGGCCACCUCCUCACCGAGAACCUCAGUACCUAUGCCCUGGUCGGGCGGUCCACCACCAAAGCGGCAGCCAAGCGCCUGAAGCUGGCCAUCUUCGGGCCCCUCUGCUGCUCUUCUCUGGAGUACAGCCUUCGAGUCUACUGUCUGGAUGACACCCAGGAUGCCCUGAAGGAAGUUCUGCAGCUUGAGAGACAGAUGGGAGGACAGCUUCUCGACGAACCGAAGGCUCUUCAUUUUAAAGGCAGCACCCACAACCUGCGCCUCUCAAUUCACGAUAUCGCCCAUUCCCUCUGGAAGAGCAAAUUGCUGGCUAAAUAUCAGGAAAUUCCUUUUUACCAUGUCUGGAAUGGGUCUCAAAGAAACCUCCACUGCACGUUCACUCUGGAAAGAUUCAGCCUAAACACAGUGGAGCUGGUUUGCAAACUCUGUGUGCGACAGGUGGAAGGAGAAGGGCAGAUCUUCCAGCUAAACUGCACUGUAUCCGAGGAACCUACUGGCAUCGAUUUGCCUCUGCUGGACCCAGCGAGCACCAUCACCACCAUGACAGGACCCAGCGCAUUCAGCAUCCCUCCGCCUAUCCGGCAGAAGCUCUGUAGCAGCCUGGAUGCCCCACAGACAAGAGGACAUGACUGGAGGAUGCUGGCCCAUAAGCUAAACCUGGACAGGUACUUGAACUACUUUGCCACCAAAUCGAGCCCAACUGGCGUAAUCCUGGAUCUUUGGGAAGCACAGAACUUCCCAGAUGGAAACCUGAGCAUGCUGGCAGCCGUCCUGGAAGAAAUGGGAAGACAUGAAACAGUAGUGUCUUUAUCAGCAGAAGGGCAGUAUUGACCCAUGCGGGGACUGAAAAUGAAGGAGGAGAUGCACAGGGGGGGCUGUGGCCAUACAGGGGAUCACAGCUGCGAAGGAAAUCCAGACCAGACCAAUGAGCUUCACAGGCGAGAUGGCAGCGGGAGGGAGCAGACAGACAGAUACAGCUACCAAUACACAUGCCCACCGACUCGGACAUCAUAGGAGUUAAGAGCAAUUGUGUAAAUGUGUACCUUGGAUUUAGAAAUCAACCUAAUUUUCCUCUUAGUUGGGCUGUAUAUGGUGUGGUACAGGAUCUUAACAGUUUCCUAGGAAACGCUUUUUAUUGCUAUCCAGAUUAUGGAUAAACUUUCUUAACAAACCCAAUUUCUACAAAUGUUGUUUACAUCAAAUUGGACAGGGAUGCAGACACUGUCCAUGGCUCGUUCUAUUUUUGUUUAAAUCAUUUGAAGUUGAAGCUGUGGAUGGUUUGUUGUGUCUAUUUCAGAUUAGUAAUUUACAGAGAAAUCACAGACUUUUCCUACAAGUCAUGUGCACCAAGUGUCUCAGAUAAUCUUCCCAUCAGCGUUCUGUUUCAAGAGCUUGUAGAACCAGUGCUAGUGUUUGUAUCAGGGAAGUGGAGGAUCGAAGUGUAAACAAAAAAUAACCACGACUCCAUGUCCCUUGCAGACACCUGUCCAGGGCCCUCCAUGCAUAAAGCUGUAGCCUUGCAGGCAUGAUAGUGGUUCGUGUUCAACCACACAGAUCAUCAUUUCUUCACAACAUGUGUGUUUGUAAUAUGCAGUUUGAAGUGAUUUUUUUAAAGGUAUCAUUAUUAUCAUUGUUAUUAUUGAUAAGUAUUUACAAGUAUUCUAGUAAAAGGAUUUCCUUUUAACUCCUGUUUGGUUAGCAGCACUCCUAGUCCUUAGGUAUUGACGAGACCUGCCUCGCUUUCUCACUGAACCAGGCUUGUGGGGGAGGAGCAGGUUAGCCAGACAGGCGGAGUGUCUUGGCUUGUUUCUUUCUCCAUCACCUGUUCCAGACAAGUAGCCCGUGCUUACUGGCUUUGCCGGCCUGCUCUUCCAGCUCGCUUGGCCAGGGUCUUCCUCCUCAGAGUCUUGGCAUGACUUGUGCAUGUGACUCCCCUCGGCACCACCCACCCUGGAGGCAGUGUCCUUGGAGGAAUGGCCUCUGAAUGGGGAAUCAGAAAGCCAGUUUGCAUUCCGGGCUUGUCACUGUCCAGCUGGGCUACCUGGGCAAAGUCAUUUAACCUCCCUGGAACCUCAGUUUCCUCACAUGUCAAGAGAAGGGGUGGGAUUAGCUCAUCCAAGGUUCUGACCUGCUGGACCCCCCACUGUGAUGCCUCCAGCCUCAGCCAGUGGUCUGAAGACCACAGUGGACCCUGACCUGGAUCAUUUAAAGAGUCAGCUGGUCUUCUGCCCAGGUGACUUCUGCCUUUUGCAUAGCUCUGGCUUGGAAGGUGAUUAUUCUAACCUGUGACAUAUUUGUUAUACAUUUAAAUCUUGUCUUUGUGUCACUGCAUUAUGCUGUUCACUGAGAGAUGGCAUCCCUUUAUUGUCAUUUUCUUUCCUCUCCUGGGGCCACUUGCCCCCUGACUAGCUACAAAUUAUGUUCUAUUAUUGUCUUGGUCAAAAAUUUUUAAAUUAAAAAAAUGUAACUGGAAAAUAGUCAACAGACUACUUUGUGUAAACUGUAUGUGCUUAGGACCAUGACAGGCUCUUUGACAUAGGGACUCAAUUCAUUCAGCAGGUGGGGAAUAAAGAGUUCACAGCCCAGGAGCCAAACCAAGAGGAACAAUAAGCACCUAUGUGUUUGAAUCAGAACCUAUGAAAACAUGGCUGGGGUUCACUUUGGGGCUGGAAGUAUCCGAGUUACUGCCUGGAUCUGAAUUAGACAUCACUUUAUAUAUUUCCUCUCUUGACUAUUUUGGGGACUUCUUGAUAUUCCCAAGCUUCUCCAUCCUCACCUUUGAGGAACUAUUGAUUCCUUGAUAUGCGACUUUUUCUUUCUUGUCGUUUUCUUCUUCUGUUUUAGGUAUAUAGUCUAUAAUCUCUCUCUGUCAGGCCACCCCUUGCACCAUAUAUACAAAUGUGUUGUUACAAUGAAAGGGAGAGAUGGCAGUAGUGAGCAAGUUUAGUGGAUGUUCAUACUAGUGAAUAUUUGUCCAAAAGAUACCAAUUGUACUCUAUAUAAAGGUUUUUUUAAACAGAUAUUUUUUAGAAGGAGGAGGAGGAAAGAGAGCUAUUGUUCCAUGGCUGCAUC